ACCGAGUCAGAAUCUCUAAAACCACCAAACGGGCGAAUCCUAUCGGGCACCCGAUUCCAACCAAACCCCUCCCAAUCCAAUCCAAGUUCCCAACCCCAAACCCCGACCCCGACCCAGCCAUGCCCGACGAUCCCGCCGCCACCUCCUCCGGCGGCGACGAUGAUGAGGGCACUGACACCGACGCCUCCAAUUCCGAUCUCGCCGCACCCCUCCCCGACGCCACAUCGGCCCCACCUCCCCCUCCGGCCCCGGAACCCACCGGCGCAGUUCCGCCGCCGCCUCAGCCGCAGGGGGCCGCCGCCGCGACGGAGGACUCGAGACGGCUGUUCCAGCGGCUGUGGACGGACGAGGAGGAGCUACUCAUCCUGCGCGGGUUCCUUAACUUCACGGCGCGCCGGGGCACCACGUUCGCGUCGCACCAGUACGACACGGGCCCCUUCUACGAGGAGCUACGGCAGCGGCUCUCCUUUGACUUCACCAAGAACCAGCUGAUCGAGAAGCUGCGCCGCCUCAAGAAGAAGUACCGCGUCUGCGCGGCUCGCAUGGCCGCGCAGGGCGCCGCGUUCGCCUUCAGGAGCGCGCACGAGGGCGCCAUCUACGACGUCGCGCGACACAUCUGGUGGCCUGCGUUCAGGCGCGACGUCGCUGGCGGGGGCGACGCUUCGGACGAGGACGACAUCAACCCCGCCGCCGCCGUAGUGGCGACGACACCAGGGGUGCUGUCUGGUGCAGUGGAGGAUGUUGGCGGCGGGAGCGCGUCUGCGCCCACGCCGAGGGGCAGGGGAGGGCGACGCGUCCGGAGGAAGACGGUGCAAGAGCUGGAGGCGCCAGCAUUGGCUGCCACGUCUGCGCUGAUGCUAAACGAUGUGGUUCAUGAGCCGCUUGUUGUAGCUAUAGAGAAUUUGGCGCCGGCCAUUGCACCGCCACCUCCGGUGGUGGCAUCUCUUCCAGCGCCAGUGACUGCCUGUGGUGCCACUGAGGAGGCUGUGCGGACUAUCCUAUCACCGCUACUGAGGGAUCUCAUCAGCUCCGUCGCUGUUGCUGGGCAGACUCGACUGGGGUUUGGCGGCAAUGGUGGUGCCGAUAUUCUUUGCUUUGGCUUUGGGGUUGACGGCCUGAACCCUGGGGUGCCCGAUGAUGAGAAGUGGAGGCAGCAACAGAUUCUGGAGCUUGAGGUUUACCUGGAGAGGAUUGAGCUUGUCCGGGAGCAGGUCACCACUGCUCUAGAAGAGCUCAGGUCAUCGGAAGGUUGAUUAGCUAUCUUCUUCCACAGUGUUCUCGUCAGAGUCUCGCAGGUUGCCUUGUUUUAUCAAGAACAGAGAGUAUCUAUUUGCCUUGGAUUUCUGCUGUUGGAUAGGGCGGCUUUGGAGCCGGAGUAUACAGAGUUGCUGUGUUAUAAACUUCUAAUUAUACUUGGAUUUAGCUUAGUUGCUUGUGGUUGUCAUAAAGUUAGAGGCUGGGAACUUUGAUGUGUAGAUGGAAUAGCGAUCAAGGUUGUCGUUUCCUGUAAUCCAUUUUAUUGUCAGACAUGAUUAGUCUCAUAAUAUGAUAGAAUGCAGUGCAUAGGUUCCAUAGUAACCUCUUUAGCUUUGAAUCAUGAGGUUUAUUAUACUAUUUUUUCAUUUUAGCUUGAGUAACCUUCGUAGGUUGUCGGAGUGAGCAAAAGCAUGGAAAUUGAAAAAAAAUAUAACAACCAUUUAAUUAAUAACCAUAUCUUUAUAUUUA